AUGGCGUCCAUCCAGUCUCCCACCCCAAAACUUGACCGAUACAUCAUCAUCCACGUCGCUACAACCUGUGAUGAACAUGGCGUCUACGUUACAAAGGACUCUGCCGAAGUCAUUGAGCUUGGAUGGAUACUCCUGGACACCAAGAACUGUGAAGAGAUCCAUCGUGAGAGUGUGCUGGUGAAGCCAGUCAACACUCCCAUUACGCCUCUUUGCACGAGCUUGACUACUCUCACUUGGGAACACGUUCGGUCCGCAGGUACUUUCCGCGAUGCCAUCAAUCGUUUCGACACUUUUGCCCAGGAGAAUCUCCUGUCGAAAAAUCUCGAGUUCGCCUUUGUGACGCUGGAUUCAUGGGACAUGCGUGUGCAGCUGCCCAGGGAGGCCCGUGAUAAAGCUGUCGUGCUACCCCCGUAUCUGCAGCAUUCCCGCACCUUCGACCUUCGCACCGAGUAUCAACGAUGGCAGCAGCACCAUCCGGAGUCUCUCCCGUUCGGUCCCAGCGACCUGGCCAACAUCUGUGCCGCUCUCGAGGUUGAGCCCGUCCAAUCCUCCGCCCCCAUUAAGCACAACCUGCCCUUCCACCUGCAGGCUCUUGCCCCUGCGUCCCCUCGCCGUGCAAUGGAGGAAGUAAUUACACUUGCCAGAGUGCUCCGUGGCCUGAUCCGCAAGUCUCAGCCUCCCCACGAACACCCGGAAAUUAUGACCCGCCCUAUGGACGCCAGAGCGGACGUUCGUGCGUUCUUGGCAGAGCGUAGUAAGGUUUUGCAUAUGAGUGGCUUGCCUCAUGAUACCACACAGUCUGAACUCGAGAGCUGGUACACUCAGUUCGGUGGACGGCCUAUUGCCUUCUGGACCUUGAGGACCCCAGACCAGCACAAGCCCACUGGCACCGGCUUUGCAGUCUUCUCUUCCCAUGAAGAGGCUGCUGAAAGUCUUUGCAUGAAUGGCCGUGCAUUGAACGACAAAGCAAUUGAAGUCUCUCCUUCCUCGAGCCGUGUCCUCGACCGUGCUGCGGAGAUUCUGGCUCCGUUCCCACCUAGCAAGAAUCGUCCUCGUCCUGGCGAUUGGACGUGUCCAUCCUGCGGUUUCUCCAACUUCCAGCGUCGUACUGCAUGCUUCCGCUGUUCGUACCCAGCUGUUGGCUCUGGCCCAGACCCAAUGCCAUAUGCCUACCCUUAUGGACCACCCAACAUGAUGCCACCACCACACCACAUGGGUCAUCAUGGUGGUCACAGCGGCCAUGGAGGCCAUGGAGGUCACGGAGGUCAUGGUGGUCAUGGUAUCGGCCACCACUCAAGAGGAAUAGGAGGAAAUGGUGGUGUUGUGCCAUUCCGUGCUGGAGACUGGAAAUGCGGGUCUGAUGGCUGUGGCUACCACAACUUUGCGAAGAACAUCAACUGUCUUCGCUGCGGUGGACCACGUUCAGGUGCUGCAGUUGUUGCGGACUCUGCAUUCCCAGCUCCCAUGGAUCCACAGUCUGGUUUCGGCAUGGGAGGUCCUCCAUCUAUGGCAAACACUCCUGGAGCCGGCCCUUUUGCUUCUAGUGGUGGUAAUUUCGGCGGCUUUGGCCAACAAUUUGGUGGUCCACCCAGCACCUACUCCCUUCCAUCCGGUAUUGCCAAUGCUCCAGGACCCUAUCCACCACCCAUGGGCCAAAUGAACCAUGGCGGUUAUGGCUCUACUAGCGCCUCUCAGUCCGUUGCCUCCUUCGGCAAUCCUGCAACCCAGGCUGCAUUCACGGCUGCCGACCAUACCCCUCAGCCCGUUGGUACCUCCAAUGGCGGCGGAUUCUAUAGUGGUGACGGGGCAUCUGAUCCCUUUGCCUUCCUUUCUACUGGUCUUGGAGGUCUGACCGUCGGAGACGAGCCCCAUGGACGCAGAAACGGCGCAUCUGCCAACAAGUCUCCUGCAUAA